CCAAGGCAGGAAGGCUGCCCGGGCCUCACCAGCUUCCCUCACAGGCUCCUUCCUGGGAGGAAGGGGCUGCCUGUGCCCUCGAAGGCGCAAGGGAGGGUAGGAGGGAGGCUCGGAAGGUGUUGCAAUCCCCAGCCCCCGGGCCUGUCAGAGGCCGAGCCAUUAACGACAGAGCUCGGGGAGAGAAGCUGGACUGCAGCUGGUUUCAGGAACUUCUUUUGACGAGGAGAAGAGAGACCAAGGAGAUCAAGCAGGGUCCGGGCCAGAGGCUCCAACAUGGGGAAACUGAGGCUUGGCUCGGAAAGGUGAAGUAACUUGUCCAAGGUCACAAAGCAGCUGGGAUAAAUUGACCCUCCGGUGGACAGCUCUGAGAAGUGUUCUACAUGGCUCUUGGGAAGGUUCCAGCAGGACAGAGCCCCAGUUGUCCAUAGAGGCGCAGUGCAAAGCCCUUGACUUGCAUCAUUUUGUGUCUUCCUCCCAAAGUCCCAUGAAGUAUAGGCUGCUGUUACUUCCAUUUUGCAAAGAAACUAAGGCUCAGAGAAGUCAAGCAACCUAGUCAAAGCUGCACAGUGACAGACAAGGAUUAAGAUCAGCUCUGACUCCAAAGCCCAUGGUCUUAAACAAACCUCCUGCCUCCAGGUGAACAUCAAGUUGGCACUAUGGCAAGGCUGAGAACCUGCAGCCUGACUUGGGCUGCCCUGAUCAUCCUGCUGCUCCCCGGAAGUCUGGAGGAGUGCGGGCACAUCAGUGUCUCAGCCCCCAUCGUCCACCUGGGGGAUCCCAUCACAGCCUCCUGCAUCAUCAAGCAGAACUGCAGCCAUCUGGACCUGGAGCCACAGAUUCUGUGGAGACUGGGAGCAGAGCUUCAGCCCGGGGGCAGGCAGCAGCGUCUCUCUGAUGGGAGCCAGCAAUCUACCAUCACCCUGCCCCACCUCAACCACACUCGGGCCUUUCUCUCCUGCUGCCUGAACUGGGGCAACAGCCUGCAGAUCCUGGACCAGGUUGAGCUGCGCGCAGGCUACCCUCCAGCUGUACCCCGCAACCUCUCCUGCCUCAUGAACCUCACAACCAGCAGCCUCAUCUGCCAGUGGGAGCCAGGACCUGAGACCCACCUACCCACCAGCUUCACUCUGAAGAGCUUCAAGAGCCGGGGCAACUGUCAGACCCAAGGGGAUUCCAUCAUGGACUGCGUGCCCGAAGACGGGCAGAGCCACUGCUCCAUCCCACGCAGACACCUGCUGUUGUACCAGAAUAUGGGCAUCUGGGUGCAGGCGGAGAAUGCGCUGGGGACCAGCAUGUCCCCACAACUGUGCCUUGAGCCCAUGGACGUCGUGAAACUGGAGCCCCCCAUGCUGCGGACCAUGGACCCCAGCCCUGAAGCGGCCCCUCCCCAGGCAGGCUGCCUACAGUUGUGCUGGGAGCCAUGGCAGCCAGCCCUGCACAUAAAUCAGAAGUGUGAGCUGCGCCAUAAGCCACAGAGUGGAGAAGCCAGCUGGGCACUGGUGGGCCCCCUGCCGUUGGAGGCCCUUCGGUAUGAGCUCUGUGGGCUCCUCCCAGCCACGGCCUACACCCUGCAGAUACGCUGCAUCCGCUGGCCUCUGCCUGGCCACUGGAGCAACUGGAGUCCCAGCCUGGAGCUGAGAACUACUGAACGGGCCCCCGCUGUCAGACUGAACACAUGGUGGCGGCAGAGGCAGCUGGACCCCCGGACAGUGCAGCUGUUCUGGAAGCCAGUGCCCCUGGAGGAAGACAGCGGACAGAUCCAAGGUUAUGUGGUUUCUUGGAGACCCUCAGGCCAGGCUGGGGCCAUCCUGCCCCUCUGCAACACCACAGAGCUCAGCUGCACCUUCCCCCUGCCUUCAGAAGCCCAGGAGGUGGCCCUUGUGGCCUAUAACUCAGCCGGGACCUCCUGUCCCACCCCAGUGGUCUUCUCAGAGAGCAGAGGCCCAGCCCUGACCAGACUCCAUGCCAUGGCCCGAGACCCUCACAGCCUCUGGGUGGGCUGGGAGCCCCCCAGUCCAUGGCCUCGGGGCUAUGUGAUUGAGUGGGGCCUGAGCCCCCCCAGCACGAGCAAUAGCAACAAGACCUGGAGGAUGGAACAGAACGGGAGCGCCACGGGGUUUCUGCUGCAGGAGAACAUCAGGCCCUUUCAGCUCUAUGAGAUCACUGUGACUCCCUUGUACCAGGACGCCAUGGGACCCUCCCAGCAUGUCUAUGCCUACUCCCAAGAAAUGGCCCCCCGCCAUGCCCCAGAGCUGCAUCUAAAGCACAUUGGCAAGACCUGGGCACAGCUGGAGUGGGUGCCUGAGCCCCCUGAGCUGGGGAAGAGCCCCCUUACCCACUACACCAUCUUCUGGACCAAUGCUCAAAACCAGUCGUUCUCCACCAUCCUGAAUGCCUCUUCCCGUGGCUUUGUCCUCCAUGGCCUGGAGCCCGCCAGUCUGUAUCACAUUCACCUCAUGGCUGCCAGCCAGGCCGGCGCCACCAAUGGUACAGUCCUCACCCUGAUGACCUUGAUCCCAGAGGGAUCCGAGCUACACAUCCUCCUGGGCCUGUUCGGCCUCCUGCUCUUGCUCUCCUGCCUCUGUGGAACUGCCUGGCUCUGCUGCAGCCCCAGGAAGAAUCCCCUCUGGCCAAGUGUCCCAGACCCAGCUCACAGCAGCCUGGGCUCCUGGGUGCCCACUAUCAUGGAAGAGGAGGCCUUCCAGCUGCCUGGCCUGGGCAUGCCACCCAUCACCAAGCUCACAGUGCUGGAGGAGGACGAGAAGAAGCCACUGCCCUGGGAGUCCCAUAACAGCUCAGAGACCUGUGGCCUCCCCACUCUGGUCCAGACCUAUGUGCUCCAGGGGGACCUAAGAGCAGCUUCCGCCCAGCCCCAAUCCCAGUCCGGCACCAGCAAUCAGGUCCUCUACGGGCAGCUGCUGGGCAGCCCCACAAGCCCAGGGCCAGGGCACUAUCUCCGCUGCGACUCCACUCAGCCCCUCUUGGCGGGCCUCACCCCCAGCCCCAAGUCCUAUGAGAACCUCUGGUUCCAGGCCAGCCCCCUGGGGACCCUGGUAACCCCAGCCCCAAGCCAGGAGGACGACUGUGUCUUUGGGCCACUGCUCGACUUCCCCCUCCUGCAGGGGAUCCGAGUCCAUGGGGUGGAGGGGCUGGAAAGCUUCUAGGGCUUCCUGGGGUUCCCUUCUUGGGCCUGCCUCUUAAAGGCCUGAGCUAGCUGGAGGAGAGGGGAGGGUCCAGAAGCCCAUGACUAAAAACUACCCCAGCCCAGGUUCUCCCCAUCUCCAGCCACCAGCAUCCCCUCUCCCGCCAGUCUCCAUAGGCUGGGCCUCCCAGGCAAUCUUCAUACUUUAAGGACCAGAUCAUGCUCCAUCCGGCCCCACCCAAUGGCCUUUUGUACUUGUUUCCUAUAACUUCAGUAUUGUAAACUAGCUUUUGGUUUGGAGUUUUUGUUAUUGUUUAUAGACACUCUUGGGUGUA